ACGCACCUAAACGCAGCCCAGCACUCCGCUGUGACGGCUCAACUUCUCUGUGUUCCUCUUCCCAGAAUCCACCCAGAGAAACAGUAAAACCAGCAGUUGGAGCCCACGCGGGACUUUAUUGGAAGCACGCGCUCCUUUGCUUUUUAAUGAUCACACCUGAAAAGGAUAAAAAAAAAUUUCUGUUUUUAAAAUCUGCUUUCGUGAUUCGGACCAGGGCUCUGUUCAGGAUUAAAGGGGAGCAGAUGAAGAGCUGAAGCCGCUCCAGGAGGAUUAAGAAGUUGGGGAGAUGCUGGAGGAAGCGGAGCAGGCGGAGUGAGGGAGCCCGGUGCGCACUUUCUCCUCCCCGGCUGGACUGAAGCGCUACAGUCCGCUCCUCUUUGCGCUGCUGGAGGCGCGCGCAGGGGACACUUGCUCAUUUAUCUCAGCUUCAUCUUCAUCAUCACUUUCCCUGGAUUAACAAAACAAGCGAAGAAGAGCUCAGAGAUUUCACUCCACGCACUCCGCGGAGUUUUCCUGUGUGGAUGGGGUUCGAGCGGCGCGGCGGGGAUGGUGUGAAAUAAAGCAGCAGUUUUUUAAACGCAGGAGUUUCACAUCUGGUAUACUGGGCCAGUCAGCAGCAGGAUCAGGAUGAGAAGAUGGCUGGCUGUGUGUUUCCAAUGGGACCAGAGAGCUUUCAGCGCUUCACGCCGGACUCCCUGGCGGCCAUCGAGCAGCGCAUCGCCCAGGAGGAGGCCCGACGCAACAAACACUACCAGGAGGACCUGGGCGACGUGGAGCUCCCCCGGCCCCGGCCCGAUCUGGAGGCAGGAAAACAGCUGCCACGCAUCUUCGCUGACAUCCCAUCUCAUCUGGUGGGCGUUCCACUGGAAGACAUCGACCCAUACUACUUCAAAGACAAGAGGACUUUCAUAGUCCUGAACAAAGGGAAGGCCAUCUUCCGUUUCAGUGCCACAUCCGCCCUCUACAUCUUCAGCCCCUUCCACCCUAUCCGGAGACUCGCCAUCAAGAUCCUCGUGCACUCAUAUCCUUAA